CACAAAACAAGCAAGUAACAUAACAAAAUCAUCAACACACAAAGUCAUGGCGUCAAUCAACAUUGAUCAUCUUGACAUGAGAAGGCUCCUGGACGAGCAAAAGAUCUCGCUCGAAGAGGUGGAAAGGGAGCUGGUCGAAAGAUGGCCACUCCUAGGAGUUGCCCCAAGCAUCAGCUCUGCCUUGGUGGUGCUGCGUCAUUUGCUCGCCGCUACCAUGCCGAACGACCACGCCCUGGACAAGGUGGGCGAGUGGGAGGCCAAGAACCCUCUUCUGAAAAUGGCUUGGUGCAGGGUCAAGGGUUCCAAUGAGGAGGAGCGCGCCGAAAUGGCGCGGCAGCUCAAGUCUCUACAGUCGGGAGAUGGCUUCAUCGAUGUGAUGGAGUCAGAUUUGAUGCACGAGACGUUCUGGUCGCGCGACCAGUAUUCCCCGAUCGCCGACGUUUGGCAAAUCCACGAGGGCAACGUGGUUUCGACUCAGCGGUCCACAGCCGAGAAAGGGGCUGCAGGACUGAUUAGAUGUGGUCCUGACCAGUUAGAAGACCUCGGUGAGCAUAUCCACCAGACGAUAUGCGGCGAGUCGAGCGAGGAGGACGUCGAGGCCUGGAGACAGCCAAUCGGGCGCAUUCCGAGCAUUCUUCGCGUGCUCUACACGCCCGACGAAGGUAGCGAGCCGUUCAAUAUGAGCCUCGUGAACGACAUCUCGCCGACAUUCAUCGGCUGGGACCCCGUCGGAAAGACGCUGGUCAACUGCGGCGCCGUAAGGUUUGGUCUUGCCGCAGUGGUCAAGCUGCGGGACCCAAACGUGCCCGACAGUACAGAUGCAUUGCGUCUGUAUUUUCCGACGGGCAAACCCGUCCACCCAUACAUCCGACCCAAGGAUUUCGUCGGCAAAAAGCAUGAUAUAGUAGAGGUCGGCUGGAGCAUGGGCACGCCUCCCAACGAGUACAUGCUGUACUUCACCGAACGCCACGAGUCCCGAACCGACGUGUUCGGGGAGGAGGUCAAAAUUACCCAGGCCACCGUCGAUACGGAGGAGCUGGGGUAUCAACUGUAUCAGCUGUAUCUGCUGAACAAGAAUGGCCCGGCUACAGCCCCCGCGCCUGAGGGCCGAACGAGCACCCCCGGGGCUGGCCGCAAGCGAAUCAUGCCGGGUGGCAGUACGGACGGCCAGGGUCCCGCCAUGACAAAGAGACUCCACGGCAACCCGGGUUCGUCAUCCAGCGGAGCGGCUGGAUCGUCAUAGAAGCCUGGCAGAGGGUUAGGCUCGCUGUCUUCUGGACCAAACAGGAGAUAUGGGGAACCUCUGGACAGGUCCAACCGCAACAAUAUGGCGCUUGGGAGGGCUCGGGAUCACAAUCCAUACUCCAUGGACAAUAUAGGUCGGCAGCGACCCUCUCGAACUGGACGCAAAUCCAAGAGGCCAAAGGUCGGACAGGACCAAGUACGUCCGCAGGGACCGUCACAGGGUCCAGCUGGCCCGAGCAAUUAGAUGGGGAUGCUGGACUGGAGGAGCACUUUGGUUGUUUAGGCUUUAGUUCUAGAUAUGGAGCAAAUUGAAGCUCAGUACGGGCACUAUACAUUGACAUA